GCCAACCGUGAUAAAGCUCUUUCUUUCUCACCUAUCGGACGGUCUUAGCAAUAGAGUCGAGGAGACAGAGAUAUGUCAGUAUUCAACUCAUCGCGACUGCUUGGCAAGACUAUCCUCAUCACUGGUGCUAGUGGCGGGAUCGGCGCUGCAACUGCCUUACUCUUCGCCAAAGCGGGGUCAAAUCUCAUCCUCCUAGCGCGACGCGCAGAGCAGUUGCAGAAGGUCGUUGAGUCCGCUAGGGCUAUUCCUGGGAGCGGGAAAGUUGCUGGUGUGCAGCUUGAUGUGUCUGAUAGGGCGCAGGUUGCUUCGUUAUGGGAUAAGGUACCAAAGGAGUUGCGUGCUGUUGACAUUCUCGUGAAUAACGCCGGCUUCGUACUCGGCGUCGACAGAGUAGGCAGUAUCAAACCUGAAGACAUAGACGCAAUGUUCUCCACGAACGUCAUCGGCUUAAUCUCAAUGACCCAACUCCUCAUCAAAGAUUUCAAAGAACGCAAAACAGGACACAUCAUCAACCUCGGCUCCGUCGCAGGCCGCGAAUCCUAUCCAGGCGGAAGCAUCUACUGCGCAACAAAGGCCGCCGUCAGCUUCUUCACAGGCGCAAUGAUGAAAGAACUCGUCGACACCCCUAUCCGAGUAACUGAAAUCCAACCAGGCAUGGUCGAAACGGAAUUCUCCGUCGUUCGUUUCGGAGGAGAUAAAGCCAAAGCAGACAAAGUCUACGAAGGCCUCCAACCACUCGUCGCGCAGGAUAUUGCAGAAGAGAUCGUUUGGGCUGCUUCUCGUCCCCCGCAUGUCAAUAUUGCUGAGCUUUUCGUAAUGCCUGUUCACCAAGCUGCUGCGACUCUUGCUUACAGACAGCCAAAGCCGACUUUGUAGAGUUAGUUAAUUAUCUUUGGUUAGGAAAAAGUCUGAACUAGGAAUAAAGAAAGGAAGAAGUUCGGUUUACUGCUGAAAUUUCUAUGUAUGUACUCAUGUACUUCAUGUGAGAGGUACUGUAGAAUAGAAUCCAUGCGAUGCGAGUAAGGCAAGC